AUGGCGUUAAAGACCAAUGGGAAGCCUGGAAAUGGACCAAUGACCAUGCAGAUCCAAAAUGGACCAAUCCUGGACUUGAAGGCAGCUAUAAAUGGGGGUAGUUUGGUUGGUUCGAGGCGGAACCUGCGUGUCGACGAGGUCUCUGCCAGCAGGACUCUGAGUAUUUCUGUUUUCUCCCAAGAGGCGUUGUCUGGUACAGACUUGAGCAGCGCUGCUCAAGCCAUGGAGGGAGUGUGUGCUGCAGCUUUCACGGCGUUCUCCGUGGCUUAUUCUGGAGCCCAAAACCAACCUCGGAGCCUCCUGUGGCUGCGUGUCUUCCUGGAGAAGAGGCCAAAGGGGAGGAAGAUGCCCAUCAAACUGCACCUGCUGCCACUGCAGGGCCUGAGCAUCCAGCAUCAAGCAGAAGGGCAGCGUCAGCACCUGCUCUGGCUGCCGCUGUACCUGAGGGAGAGGGUGAAGAGGAGGAAGGUGCUGAUGAAGCUGCCCCUGCUGUCAGCCCUGGGCCAGAGCAAACAACAUCACUCCACCUCCUGUGUCCUGGCACCUGCACGAGCUGCAGCGGAAGGCUCUGAAGGAGCCUCCAGUCCCCAGGCUGGCAAGUCAAGCAGGAGCAGCUCGUGCAUCUGGAGCACGACCAGCUCCUCUGGCAGCAGAGAGCGGCUGGGAGAGGGGACAGAGGACGAGUGCCUGGCCACGCUGAAGAUGCUGGUGAGCCAGGGAGAUCCUGAGGCUGAAUACACGGAACUGGAAACAAUUGGCAAAGGGGGUUUUGGCACGGUGUGCUUGGCAGUGGAGACUGCCACAGGAGAAGAGGUGGCCAUAAAGAAAAUUAGUCUCGCGCAAGAGAGCGGCAGCGAGCUGUGCCUGAAUGAAAUCCAGGUGAUGCGUGGCAAUAAGCAUGCCAACCUUGUGAACUAUCUAGACAGCUACCUGGUGGACGAGGAACUCUGGCUCGUGAUGGAAUACAUGGAUGGAGGCUCCUUACACGAUGUCAUCAGGGAGACUCGUAUGGCAGAAGGAGAGAUAGCAGCUGUCUCUCGGGAGUGCCUGCAAGGCCUGGAUUUCCUUCACUCCAAGCAAGUGAUCCACCGAGACAUCAAAAGCCACAACAUUCUCCUGGGUCUGGACGGAUCUGUCAAGUUGGCUGAUUUUGGCCUCGCUGCUCAGCUCACCGCUGAGCAGAGCAAACGGAGAUCAGCUGUUGGGACCACUUACUGGAUGGCGCCAGAAAUCUUCACCAGGAAGCUCUAUGGCCCCAAAGUGGACAUCUGGUCCUUUGGCAUUGUGGGCAUCGAGAUGGUGGAAGGAGCGCCUCCUUACCGGAUGAAAACCUCCCGCACGGUUCAACAGCUGAUCAGCAGUGGGGGCAGGCCAAAGCUGCAGAAGCCCAGGCAACAGUCCGCGUGGUUGCGAGACUUCCUGCACUGCUGCCUGGAGAGGGAGGAGGACAGGCGCUGGUCUGCCCAGGAACUCCUGCAGCAUCCAUUUGUAACAUCAGCCAAGCCGACCUCCGACCUGACGCCUCUGAUCGUGGCAACGCAGCAGUUUAUGGCCGACAGGAGAUACUAG